AUGCUGGUUGAAAGGAUCCUAGGCGGAAUCUAUCUUUCAUCAAUAGAGCCCAUAAAUAACAAAGUGGACCUAAAUAAAGAAUACGGAGUCACUCACGUCUUAUCAAUUCUACCGGGGCAUAUUGAUGAAACUUACACUCAAAAUUAUCACCACAAACAAAUUGAAGUAACCGAUGAGGAAACAACCAACUUGAUACCGUACUUUGACGAAUGUGAUACGUUUAUCGAUAAUGCCACAAAAGACAAAGGCAAAGUUUUGGUCCACUGUGCGCAGGGUAUUUCUCGCUCAGUAGCAGUCAUCAUGGUGUACUUAAUGAAGCACUACAAAUUGAAUUUCGAUCAAGCAUUACAUGCAGUAAAGAGGAAAUGUCCAGAAGCAGGACCUAACCCAGCAUUUAUUGAACAAAUCAGGCUUUAUGAAGAUAUGAAAUUUACAAUUGAUGAGCAAAAUUUACAGUACAGAGAAUACAUCAAGCAUCUAUCAUUGAAGCUAGAUCCAUCAGGUACUAACUUACGAGAGAUUACAAUGACUCAAAUAAAGACACCUCCAGUCGAAAAUGCACUGUCUUAUGACCUACGUUGUAAACGGUGUCGAAAAGUACUUGCCCAAAACUUCGACAUAGAAGAGCAUCAAGCACCCACUUCUGAUUCACGACAAUCUCAAUUUAUAAAAACCGCUCCAAACUCACGAAGAAUUGUAUCCGUUCAACCAGCAAGUAAGCUGUGCUCUCAUUACUUUUUCACAGAACCAGUGGACUGGAUGAGAAAUGAGCUAGAGAAAUCGGAAAUUGAAGGCAAAUUUCAAUGCCCCAAAUGUAGUUCCAAAGUUGGUGGCUACAGUUGGAAAGGAUCUCGUUGUUCAUGUGGAAAAUGGAUGGUUCCUGCCAUACAUUUACAAGAUGCAAAAGUAGAUAGUAUAAAACACUAG